CGAUCAGACAUGCGCAGUACGCAUUUCACUUGACUGAAGGAAUUUAGCUAACUAGUUUGCUUGGACCGUGGACUGAACGGAGGGUCAGACACAGGGCGAUUUCAAACUUGGAAUAAUUUCUAUACCAGAUCUCAAGAGGAAAGUCUCCUGCAUCUGUUUUUCAAAGAGGAACUAGCUAGCCAGCUAGCAAGCUGCCGAAGGGUUUUACUUGCUUUGCUAGCUGUCUAGCUAGCUAAAUAUCACCAUCCAGGAAAAGGGGGAACUUUUACAGUAACAAGAUGUUAAAACAGCCCCAGAGCACCAGCCCCAGUGGUGGAGGAGAGACCAACAUCAACAUGGACGAGAUGUCAGUGGAGGAUAUGGCCAUGAGGGCCAACCAGGUCACGGACGAGUCCCUGGAGAGCACCAGGAGGAUGCUUCAGCUGGCUGAAGAGAGCCGGCAGACGGGGGUGAACACCAUGACCAUGCUGGAUGAGCAGGGAGAGCAGCUGAAGCGUACGGAGGAGGGCAUGGACCGGAUCAAUGAGGACAUGAAGCAGGCUGAGAGAAACCUGACUGACCUGACCAAGUGCUGUGGGAUGUGUGUGUGUCCCUGUGACAGGGUGAAGUCCAUCGAGCACGACGGCCGCUACAAGCGCACCUGGGGCACGGGCAGCGUGAGCGCCAGCAGCACCAGCCCCGAUGCGGACGGCGUGGUGUCCACCCAGCCCUCCGGCGUCCGAAACGGCCAGGCCGGGGCCCAGGUCUCCGCCGCCGCCCCCUCCGGGGCCUACAUAAAGAGGGUGACCAACGACGCACGGGAGGACGAGAUGGAGGAGAACCUGGGGCAGGUGGAGGGCAUCAUCGGGAACCUGAAGAACAUGGCCAUGGACAUGGGCAACGAGAUCGACCGGCAGAACGUGUCCAUCGACCGCAUCACGGAGAAGGCCGACAUGAACAAGGCGCGCAUCGAUGAGGCCAACCAGAGAGCCAACCACCUUCUGAAAUAGAGAGGCCUGCUGCAGUCUCCCUCCCUCCCUCCCUCCCUCUCCCCUCCCUCCCUUCCUUCCUCUGACAAUCAGUGAGGGCUGUAAACCAACAAUGCUGUUUUCACACAAAAAAAAAAAAGUCCUUCCUCACACACGUUUGUCUUUCUCACUGCUGUCUGUAGCUGAAGGCACAGGUCUGUAUUCCAGUCUAAGGUCUGUAUUUCCUAGUUCUUAAGAGGUGCGGUUUCGGACCGCGUUCUAAUUGGUUGUGUACAGUUGGUGUAGCGGGCGGUCACUGUUCACCGACGCACGCGUUGAACUGCAGUUUCUGCAGUGAAUUCAGUAAUGGGUAAAGUCCGUCAUUCUGUUCCGUCCUCGUCUUUUGCCCUCUAGUGGCCAAGCAGUGAAACGACAGUAUCUUAACUCUUAUAUUUAGUAAUAGUUCACUAAUAUUUAGUAAAAUGUAAAAGACCAAUACUAAAAUUAUUGUAAUUGGCCGGGCAGUUAAUUGUUUUUUGUAUCCGAAACCCUCUUUUCCUGAUGGUGUUCCAUCGACAUCGUAUUCAUCGUAUAAAUGAACCAUUUUUGCAAAGCCGUUUAAAAACUUUUUGUGUAUAUUUUAAAAUCCAGUUUUUGUACUGCAAAAUCUGAUUUGACCGUGAAUACAUUUUCUAAGGUAGAGCUGGUCCCUGUCUGGGCAGCAUUUUGUGUUGAGUUGGCCUGGGCUUGCAGCUGAUGUUAGAUAUCUCUCUGCCGUGCAUCUGGCAGUGGCAGGGACUGUGUAGUGCUUUGCUCACAGACACGGGUUUGGGUCAGAACCGCCUUCUGCGGUUCUGUCUCAGCGCUUGCCUCAAAAAGACCCGCUUCCUGCUGGACUGGCUCCUCCGCGCUGCACUGGGGACGGAGGCCAGUUUCUUCUCCUCGAAGGGAUGCGAUUUCCUUAAAACUCUCCGCAGUAAUGUCCAAGGCAGAUUUUAGGAUUCGCCCCCUCUGUCGUUUGAAUGUUUAGUUGGUGAUUGUAGUCGUAGUUCCGAUAAACAUGCUGUUCUUCCUCUUCCACUUUUGACUUUUGAGACGUAGGGUUUUUGAAUCUCAAAACUUUAUUGGUAAAAUGAAAGUGCCUCUCGCAGUCUUCCUCUUGAGCACCAGGUUUGAAGCUGAGGUGUUGCAGGACCACGCCCUUUGUGUGAUACAGGAAGCUGUGUUGUAAUAGCUGUGUAUCAGUGAGUGUCUCUGUGUGGUGUGUGUGGUGUGUCUGUCUCUGUGUGGUGUGUGUGGUGUGUGUGGUGUGUGUAUCUCCCUCCUCUGCAGCAAUUAGAGCUGUGAUCCUCGACUGUUUCCCGUUUGUUCUGCCGAAAUUGUGCGUGUGCGUGUGUAUGUGGGUGUGUGCGUGUGCGUGUGCGCGUGCGUGCGUGCGUGCGUGCGUGCGUGCGUGCGUGUGCGUGUGUGUGUGCGUGUGUGUGUGUGUGCGUGUGUAUGUGUGUGUGCGCACGCGUGUGUGUGCGCGCGCGCGUGUGUGUGUGCGUAUGUGUGUGCGUAUGUGUGUGCGUAUGUGUGUGCGUAUGUGUGUGCGUAUGUGUGUGCGUGUGUGUGUGCGUGUGUGUGUUCGUGCGCGUGUGUGUGCGCGUGCGCGUGCGCGUGUGUGUGUGCGCGUGUGUGCGCGUGUGUGUGCGCGUGUGUGUGCGCGUGUGUGUGCGCGUGAGUGUGUGCGUUUGUGCGUGUGCGUGUGUUUGCCCUGACUUCAGUGGGAGGAUUGGGUUUUGGGGGGCAGUGCCUCUACAUUUAGGCCAUGCCCAUCACAUAUUUAGGCCACACCCAUCAAUAGUACUGUCCUGCAAUGAUGUGAGUUUGGCAGCUGUCCGUCUCUUCAGUACUGCUGGUUUAAAGCCACAUAUUUUACCCAGUGCUUUUACUGCCUCUCUGACUGUUCUCCAGUGAAAUGUGAUGGAAGUGGCAGCAAUUCUUGGGUUUCCCGAUCAUGGAAAAAGCUUGGGUUUGUCUCAGUGUUUCUAUUGUGGGAUGCUCAAAAAUUUGUUACUGGUUUAUUUUAAUUUUUUUUGUUUAUUCUGUAAAAAAUAUUUUUCUCUUUGUUGUUGCCGUGUAAUUUAAUUUCUUCAUUUGAACUUAAGAAAGAAUAAUUGAAUUAAAAAGUGCCUUUAUUUCUCUUUUAAAGUACACUAAAGCUUCUGCAACCUUCUCAAGUAAAAUGUAUACUGGUAUAUUUGUAUUGUUUUAAUAAAGUUCUAUCAAGCA